CCGCUCACCAGUCAGUCCGCUCACUUGCGAGCCAGUCCCGAUCCACCGAAAGAUGAUUGGAUACUUACCAGAUACACAAACAAAAGAAACUCGUGUCAGUUCGGCCUGGAUUGGAGCGGACUAACCGUCGGCUUUAGAAUCUAGAUCUGCGAGGUCUGGCCGCCGGAUGAUUGGCGUUUGGUAAGGUCACGCGAAUAAGCCCGGGGAUCGUCGCUCGGGGGCUUUCAGGUGAAGCCGCUCUUGCCUAGCCAUGGAGGAUCAGGGUUCAGGAGGCAUCCCUGUAUUUUUCUCUGUUUUUCUUUUCCUAGCAGCAAGAGAAAUGGAGAAUCGCCGUGAGAUGACGCGAGCAGCAGCAGGGCCAGGGUCUGCGGGUGCUUUGAUUUGCCGGCACGCCUCCCCCUCCCAGAAUGGAAAGAAACUGGAAGGCGCCUGAAUGGGAAUGGAUCUUGAUGAUAAGAUAAAGAAAGGAAAGGAAAGGAUUCUCUGGGCCUGGCCGGCGACCUACCUCUGAGGCUCUGUCCCUGAGACGCAGAGAGACCGACCACUGCAAGUACAAGCAUGGCACAUUAAAGGCUUCUUGCCGGGCGGCCAACUAGAACAAGAGCCCCAGAACCAGAAGUCCAGAAGCGAAGAUACUAGCAGCAGCUGCACAGUGCCCGGCCGCAGUAGCAUAAAGAAGAAGAGGAAGAAGCUUUCCAUUUACGGCCACCGAAUCAUCCAUCACUCGCUGCCGUUUCACGGCGGCGACCCAAUCCGGUUUCACCUGUUGCCGUUUUCAGGCAGGCAGUCCCUCAACUUUAGCGGGAGUAUAAAAAUACUCCGCCACCACCGCGGCCCAGCUGCGCGGCCGCGGAAGCCCCUCCUCCCUACCUGACCUGACCUGACCUGACCUGCUCUGCUCCUCAGAUCUCCUCCACGCCGCGCCGCCUCGCCCUCCCAUGGAGCACGACGCCGAGGCGCGCCGCGGCUUCGCCAGGAUGGGCUUCGGGUGCAAGCACUACCGUCGGAGGUGCCGGAUCCGCGCGCCCUGCUGCGGCGACGUCUUCCACUGCCGCCAUUGCCACAACGAGUCCACGAAAGACGGGCACGAGCUGGACAGGCACGCCGUCCAAUCGGUCAUCUGCCUUGUUUGCGACACCGAGCAGCCGGUUGCGCAGGUGUGUUGCAACUGCGGAGUUUGCAUGGGGGAGUACUUCUGCGCGACGUGCAAGUUCUUCGACGAUGACGUUGACAAGGAGCAGUAUCAUUGCAAAGACUGCGGCAUCUGCAGAGUUGGAGGGAAGGAAAACUUCUUCCACUGCCAGAAGUGUGGAUCGUGCUACUCGACUACCCUGCGCGACAAGCACUGCUGCAUCGAGAACUCGAUGAAGAACAACUGCCCCAUCUGCUACGAGUACCUGUUUGAUUCUUUGAGGGAGACGUCUGUGCUCCGGUGUGGGCACACGAUGCACUUGCAGUGCUUCCACGAGAUGUUGAAGCACGACAAGUUCUCUUGUCCCAUAUGCUCGACGUCCAUCUUUGACAUGGACAAGUUCCUGAGGGCCCUGGAUGCAGAGGGAUGGAUCGUGUGCAACGACUGCAGGGACACGACGCGGGUCUUCUCCGGCGUGGCGGGCCACAAGUGCUGCCACUGCCAGUCGCACAACACCUGCAGGGUCGGCCCCCCUGUUCUUCCCUAGCCAGUGAUCGCCAGAUUAUUGUUGUUGAUUCAUCCGUCGAUCUAUACGUAUCAUCGGCGAAGAUACACAGAGUGUCAUUAUAGCUUCUAUGCACUAGUAUUCUAUUCCAGUCCAAGAUGAACUGCGCCAUUCCGUCUCACUAAAUGAUACGCAUAAUUAGCGUAUAUACCAUGAUUGUUGGGCUGGUGCCAAUUUUAACCACCAACACAGAGUACAACUCAUGACGAGUUUGUACCACAAAGAAGGUUUCAUGAUAUCAAUUUUGGAUGGAAAACUAUCUUCCAAGGGAUUAUUGCUAUCUAACACGUAUUUUGUUGGAAUGCCUAUUGUUUA